AUGUCGGCUGGUACGUCGGCGUCGAAUUUGCGCGAAAAACCAAAGGAUAUUUGUGUGAGGAUCGAUUUCAAGGACCCGAAUCGGAGCAACCUGAUGCUCAUGUUUCCUAGGUACAGCUCAAAGUUGAAGGAAUGAAUUAAAGGUUGACUUUAGGACCUCAAACAUUGGAGACGUCCGAUCAAAAGUUGAGAAGGAACUCGGGAAAAAGUACGACGUGAGGCUUUCGCACGACAAUUAUCAACUGGCCGACGACAAUAUUCCGCUGUCGAAGGAUGGUUUUGGCGAUGACGUCACUUUCGGAUGUCAGUUGGCGACGUCGACGCCCACCGAGAUGUACCGUCACAUGACCGAGGGUGAGGCUGGGGAAAAAUUAAAUUUUUUGAGGAAAAAUAUGGUUUUAGAAAUCCAACUGCGUUAG